AUGCGCAGGAAGACGGAGUUUUUUGUUCGUGCUCCGUUCCUCUGUUUGUGGCUCUGCAUCCCAGCCGGCUGCGAGGCUCUCUGCAUCCCGGCUGAGUGCGAGGCUCUGUGCAUCCCAGCUAACUGCGAGGCUCUCUGCAUCCCAGCUGAGUGCGAGGCUCUCUGCAUCCCAGCUAACUGCGAGGCUCUCUGCAUCCCGGCUGAGUGCGAGGCUCUGUGCAUCCCAGCUAACUGCGAGGCUCUCUGCAUCCCAGCUGAGUGCGAGGCUCUCUGCAUCCCGGCUAACUGCGAGGCUCUCUGCAUCCCGGCUGAGUGCGAGGCUCUCUGCAUCCCGGCUGAGUGCGAGGCUCUCUGCAUCCCAGCUAACUGCGAGGCUCUCUGCAUCCCAGCUAACUGCGAGGCUCUCUGCAUCCCAGCUGGCUGCGAGGCUCUCUGCAUCCCAGCUGAGUGCGAGGCUCUCUGCAUCCCAGCUGAGUGCGAGGCUCUCUGCAUCCCAGCUAACUGCGAGGCUCUCUGCAUCCCGGCUGAAUGCGAGGCUCUCUGCAUCCCGGCUGAGUGCGAGGCUCUCUGCAUCCCGGCUGAGUGCGAGGCUCUCUGCAUCCCAGCUGAGUGCGAGGCUCUCUGCAUCCCGGCUGGCUGCGAGGCUCUCUGCAUCCCAGCUAACUGCGAGGCUCUCUGCAUCCCGGCUGGCUGCGAGGCUCUCUGCAUCCCGGCUGAGUGCGAGGCUCUCUGCAUCCCGGCUGGCUACGAGGCUCUCUGCAUCCCAGCUGAGUGCGAGGCUCUCUGCAUCCCGGCUGAGUGCGAGGCUCUCUGCAUCCCAGCUGAGUGCGAGGCUCUCUGCAUCCCAGCUAACUGCGAGGCUCUCUGCAUCCCAGUUAACUGCGAGGCUCUCUGCAUCCCAGCUGAGUGCGAGGCUCUCUGCAUCCCGGCUGGCUGCGAGGCUCUCUGCAUCCCAGCUAACUGCGAGGCUCUCUGCAUCCCAGCUGAGUGCGAGGCUCUCUGCAUCCCAGCUGAGUGCGAGGCUCUCUGCAUCCCGGCUGAGUGCGAGGCUCUCUGCAUCCCAGCUGACCGUGCGCGGAGCGGCUCCCGGCGCCCCGCGGAGCUCGGCCGAGUUGAGCGCAAAGUUUUUCCGCCGGGAGGGAGGCGCUGGCGCGGCGGAACCGGAGAGGAGGCGGGGAGGGAUGCUCGGGCAGCGCCGUGCCGCCUCGCCUGGCGGCCAGCACUGCGCGGCUGGGACGGGCGAGCGGGGAUGCGAGCGGCGGAGGAGCCGCGCUCCGGGGAUUUAACACUUCCAGAGGCAACUUAG